AUGUCUUGGGACCGAUCACACCCUUCUCAUGACGAGUCGCGUUACAACGAGCGAAUUAUACCAUCACCAUGGCCUAUUACUGAUAAGACACACGAAUGUAUAACACGUCGUGAGGCAAUAUUACUGGUUGAUAAUGGAAAAAUCCAACUGUUAUUGUGUUUGGGUAUACCAAUAAUAACAUGUUUAUUUUUGCUGGUGCUAAUUACUCACAGGAUAUGGUCAAAAUAUUGUUGGAAAAAAGAUGAAAAACAAACUGAAAAUUUACAACAUGAUUCCAAGGAUUUAAAAGAAGUUAUUACACAUCAAGAUGAACCAGAAGACUUAUCAGUCAUGAUCAAUCCAGAAAUGAAACUUGAAAAACUUGUUCGAUUAAAAUCGUCAUUACCUUCACUUCGUGCUUUACCAAUUGAUUUUACGAACAUUGAUCUUCACAAUUUAGUGAAAGAUGAUGAACACUUUAAACAAGUUCGUGAUGGACUGGUUAAAUUAAAGAAUGAUGAUUUUACGAUUGUAUAUAGUGAAUGGAAAAAAGUUAAACAUGAUACAAGUGCAGUACCAGUUUCAACAAAAACAUGUGUUGCAUGUACAUUAACAAGAUUCAUAAACAAAUUUGUCGAAGAACUUGAUGUUCUACAACAACAUGUCAAACAUUUUACUACUCAAUCAAAUGCCUUCAAAGCGGCCAAACGAAAUUCAUUAGAAAAUUCUGAUAGUGCGACCAUACAACUUGAUUGGAAUGAAAAAUUAUACAAUAAGACAGGCAGUGGUUAUCUUUGGUCGAAAUUGGAACAAUAUGGCUUUGUCGCAUUAUCAGAUGACACAAGUCAUAUGGGUGAAUCAUGCUGGGCCUCUAUUCAACAGUUGUUAAAUAGUUUAAUUGAAAAAAAUAUCAAGCAUCUAACAUUUAUUAGUGAUUCCCCAAUUUCACAAUACAGAAACAAAACAAUUUUCUAUUUGAUAAACGACUUUGCAUUAAAACAUGAAGUUAUAGUUAGAUGGUUAUAUUUAGAAGCAGGACAUGGAAAGAGCAUUCCAGACGCAAUUGGUGCCAUUGUGAAAAAAAAAUUUGAUGAUUUAAUUUCGCUCAAUCCCAAUGAAUCGUAUCUCAAUGCUCAACAACUAUACGAUGGUAUUCUCAAUAAUACAAGUCUGAAAUUAUUUAUUUAUCAAAAGAUCGGAUGUUAUUGA